AUGUCGUUGACAGACUCAUCUCCGCUGGAAGUCGCUAAAGCAGCCUCAAUCUCUUCUCGAAACCUAGCCAUACUAUCAACCGAAGCUCGGAAUGAUGCCUUGACAGCUAUACAUGGGGCUUUGCAAGAGACAAAAGAUAUAAUUCUAGCAGCCAACGCAAAGGACCUGGAGCUGGCAACGAAGGCAGCCGAAGAAGGGGAACUGAGUCAGAGCGUGCUGAAGAGGCUGGACCUGGGGAGGAAAGGCAAAUGGGAAGACAUGCUGCAGGGCAUACUGGACGUUCGAGACCUUGAAGAUCCUGUCAAUAAGAUCACUCUAAGAACAAGAUUGGAUGACGGCCUUGAGUUGCAAAGAUUUACAUGCCCGAUUGGAGUUCUGUUGAUCAUUUUUGAGGCACGUCCGGAAGUCAUCGCCAAUAUAGCUUCUCUAGCUAUCAAAUCUGGAAACGCAGCUGUUCUCAAAGGCGGCAAGGAAACCACUCUCUCCUUCCGCGCCAUCUCUACGACCAUCUCCAACGCCUUGACCAACACCCUAGUCCCUAACGCCUCGAUCCAACUCGUCACUGCUCGAGACGUUAUAGCUUCCCUUCUUGACCUCGACAAGCAUAUCGAUCUGGUCAUACCGCGUGGUUCCAACGAGCUGGUCCGGUACAUCAAGGACAACACCCGCAUUCCCGUCCUUGGUCAUGCGGAUGGCAUUUGCAGUACUUACAUUCACAAGGAUGCGGACCCGGAGAUGGCAGUUAAGAUUCUAGUUGAUGCUAAGCUGGGCUAUCCAGCAGCUUGUAACGCAGUCGAGACACUACUUGUCGACGAGGCCGCCCUAUCCACCAUUCUCCCGGCCGUAGCAUCAGCUCUUCUCGAAAAAGGCGUCUCUCUUCGCUGCGAUGCCGAAUCCAAAAGCGCACUCGCAGCUUCUCUCCCGAAGAACGAAUCAACAAUCCUUCAAGACGCUACGGAAGAAGACUACACAACCGAGUUCCUCGCUCCAAUCCUCGCCAUCAAAACCAUCCCCACGCCCCCAGACGCUUCCGCCAGCACCUCCUGCAGUCUCGCAAUCGCCCACAUCAACGCCCACUCCUCAAAGCACACCGACGCCAUUCUGACCUCUUCCCCAGAGAUAGCAAAUCAGUUCCAAUCCGGCGUGGAUUCGGCCUGCGUUUUCUGGAAUACGAGCACGAGGAUGGCGGAUGGUAUGAGAUUUGGUUUCGGCACCGAGGUGGGCAUUAGCACGAAUAAAAUCCACGCGAGGGGACCGGUGGGGCUGGAGGGUUUGAUGAUUUAUAAGUAUCGCAUCAAUGGGUGUGGGCAGGUUGCGGGUGAUUAUGGGGAGGGGGGAAAGAGGUGGAGGCAUGAGCGGUUGCCGUUGGAUGGGUGA